AUGGAACAAGAACCGAAAUCAAUAGUGAAAGAAUCGACACCUCAACAAUCCUCCAAUAUAAAAUCAAUAUCAGAUCGCGAUACCAAGAACGAAAACGACGAUAAAUGUGAGAAAAAUAAAUUUAAGGAAUUCACAAGCAAUGGAAAAGAAGAAGAAGAAGAAAAAGAAAAGGAAAAAGAAUCGAUGAAUGACAACGGAAACGGAAACGUCGAGUCCUUGCCACAAAUAACCAUGCCUUCUUUUAAAAAGAGAGUACACAGUCAAAGAAUGCCGCAACGUGAAAGACCUGCGGUCACACCUUACGAGGGCGACUACGAUAAAAAAUAUUCAUCGGACGAGGAUAACGUGGAGUACGAAGUGGACGAACCCGAAGACGUUACGGAAAGGAGCAAUUCAUCGGUCACGUUUUCCGAAGACGUUUACGAUUCCGACGUCAUUGAAGAAAUGUUACAGAAUCAAUUACGUAAACCGUCGCAAAUAUCCCUGGAAUCGAGAGAUUUAAUAGACGUUCCACCGUUGAAAGGGAUUUUAAAAGAAAGUAAAGAUAAAUCGAGCGCGAUUAAUAAAAAAAAGGGUAGUUUAACGACCGCCACCACGACACCGACUACUCCGACGACGACACCUACCGAACCGGAAUCGUUAUUAAUUACCUCAUCGAAAGAUAUUGCAGAAGAAGAAGAAGAAGAAGAGAAAGAGACAAAAAAAUUAGAUGUAAAAAAAGAAAAUGAAAAACAACAAAUUUCGUCGGAAUCUCCGACGGGAGACAAAAUCAAAUCUGACGUCACAGGUGAGGAAAAUGUCAUGAAGAUUUUAACAACUAAACCAACUCACGGCAUUGCAAUUCCACAAAUUACGCAAUUAAGUACUACCGAAAAUGAUUACGAUGUUGCAACUAAAACCCUCCGAAGCAUUAAUACCCAGCAAAUAACCGAUUACGCUGCUACUAACAAUAUCGGUGACGUAACCACCGGUAAAAAUGAUGACGUGAUAGAGAAAGUGACUAAACCGUUAGAAAGUUUGAAAGAUUUCGCGGAUACCGUAACAAUAUUAAACGUUCCAUCCGGUCAUGCCAUCGAUAACCAAAUCCUUAAAGUAACCGAAAUGAAAACAUUGGAAAUCUCGGAUGAGAAAUCAAACGAAAACUUUUCCGAUCGACCGCAAAAAAUUGAUGACGUCACGGCAAUAAAAACGUCAGGUGAUGAGGAGAUGAAAGGUGACAAAAUGCCGGGCGACGGUGUUGAAAUGAUAUCGACGGAUGAAUACCCACGAUUGAGCGUCGGUGAUGAAGUCGAAGAACCCGGAAAAGACAAAAUGUCUGCUGUUAUUUUAUCGUUGGAUGACGCGACGGAAAUCGCGGAAAAAGUAGUCGGCGAUAUAGUUCAAGAAGCAGAAAACAUGAUAUUUCAAACGAAAGACGACCCGAAAUCCGAUUUGACCGAGGAUGACAUUGAAAAGUAUCAACUUCCGUCGGCGGAAGAAACGGAAUUGAGUUUAUCUGAAAAAUCGGAGAUUGACGAAGAAAUAAAAUCGACGGAAGUCAUGAGCAAAACGGAUCCGUUAACGAAUGACGUUUCGAAUGUUGAAAAAUUACUUCCGGCGGAAAACGUUCAGAAAUCUUUAACGGCGAUUUCGCCGAAAGAACCUGAAGAGAUUUCGGCUGAAAUUAAAACUUACGUAAGCGAAACAGAGAAUUAUAAUUUUACCCACCGACCGCACGAUGAAUUCGAUGGCGCCAAUGAAUCCAUUCGCGUGGAAAAUCCGGAAAUGCAAAAAAAGAACAUACUCGAAUUUUCUUCGGUAUCAUCGAAAGUACCGGAUAUGAAAACACCGCCGGACAUAAUCGAAAAAGAAAAAUUUUUUAAAGAAACCGUGAGAAAAUUAGAUUCGGAAGUUUUCGGAAGCUCACCGACGAAAUUUGAAAAUUUAAAUUUAAUCGAAGAUGUCGGAGUAAAACCGGAUGAUGAUGAUGUACCGGAAAUGAAUGAAAAUGAAAAAAUUGAUAAAACGGAGGAAAUUUUUCGCGGUGAAAGUUCAAAGGAAAAAUUUUUCAAAGGUUUCGAACGGGAUUUCGUACAAGAUGAAAAAUCAUCAAAUUUUUAUCCGAUUUCGGAGAUGAAUGACUCGCUCGGCGAAACGUUUGCUCCCCAAAAUAUUCCCACGGAAAAACUUAAUCUCUUAUCAAACAUCACGACGGGUUUAUCGAAAUCCGUUAAAAGUAGUUUUGGAGAUUUGGCAGGUUAUUCCGAUGUUUCAAACGAUAAAAAAGACGAAGAAGAACUCGCGGUUGAAUCCGAUGUGAAAGACGUGGAAAGCGGUUACAAAGAAACCGAAUUGAGCGAAGAAAGUAGCGAUUUAGUAUCGAGAGAAUUAGGAUCCCCGGAAUCCCCGUCGAAACCUCGCGUCAUAUUCCGUAUAGAAUCCGAAGAUGAAGGCAUGAGCGACGCGGACACGGAUUGUCCGUCCCGUUCCGAAGUUUACAGUCCGACAAACGAAUUCGGUGAAAAAAUAAAAAAAGAACUCAAAGCAAGUUUCGAAAAGGAGCAGAAGAAACUCGAGCAAAGGUUAAACGCUAUGAAAGGCGGCAUAUUCGACAUAAGUCGUGAAUCUUUAUCACGAACCAAAGAAUUAGUCGACGAAAGACUAAGAAAAAUAUCGGAAAUCAAACCGCCGAAAGAACUCGACGAAUCCGUUCCGACGAGACCGGAAAAGAAAAAGAAAAGCAGAGGAGAAGAAAUCAAAAUAGGAAGAUUUCACAUAACUCCGGCACUCAUUGAUCAAGUUGCGACAAGAGAAGCCGAACUGGCAGAAAAAAUCAAAACGUUUAGAAAAAUUAACGACGAUGGCGACGACGAGACGCGAAGAAAAGGCGAAGAAGAAAUGGAAAAAGAAUUGUCGGAAAAAUUAACGGAAGCGGAUUUCGAAGAAGUCAUAAGAGAACUUAAACUCGAAGGUUUGAAAACGGAUGUUUUCUUUCUUCCCGAAGACAAAGAAAAAAAAGAUAAAAAAGAAAAAACGCUCAAAAGAGUCGAAAGAAGAUUCGAAAGGAUGGCAUCGGAAACUUUAGAAAAAGAAAAGGAAGAAUCUGACAGCGAAGAAAAAUUAGACGAAAAACGAGAAGUCGAAUUCCAAAGAAUGUUAUCGGAGAUGUCAAACGAAGAAGUUGCUCAAAGUCAAAAUGAGUACCUUCAACUUUGGGAAGAUGGUGGGGGGUUAAAUAGUUUAACGCCGACCGAUGAUUGGGAAUCCCGGGAUCCUGAUACGCCCGAUAACGAAUUAGAAGACGAUUCGCAACGAAUAAAAACAGGGAAAACGGAAACGUUUAAUGAGAGAGAAAGAAGUCAAACACGUCUUUACGUGAAAAGUAGUGAUGAUUUUACCGAUAACGUUAUCGUUAGGAAAAAAUCCCGGUCGGGUACUUAUAUCGCGUAUACGAAAAAUUUCGAUACUCAAAUCGUCGAGAGGGAAAAUUCGGAAAGUUCUCCCGAAGAAACUCGAGAUACGUCAUCGUCGUCGAGUUUUCAAUUCGAUUUUAAAUCAUUGUUUUCGUGGUCGGAAUAA